AUAUGCUGUAAAAAAUGCUGACUUAUCGUGAACGCAUAGGAAUAAAUAUUAAAUGGUUUAAUCUUAGAAAAUGGAAUUGUUUAAAGCAAAGGAACCACGAAUAUAUUAAUGCAUUGCAAAUUAAGUAAUCAGGAAUAAAAAUGAUGUAAAAUAUUAGAUAUAUGAAAAUAAAUUAUUUGAAGUAUAAAACAUUCUUAAUAUUUAUUUUUAUUCCAAUAUUUUCACCAUUAUGCGCAAAGUCUUAUCCAUAUGCAACUGUGUCAAUUUUUGUACGAUAGCCGUACAAUUAGAUUGUAUGUCUGUCUUUAAUUAUUCUUCAAAUUCGACAAAGACAGACAUAUGAGUUAACUAUUAGCAGAAGUGGGAACAAUCAGAGCUCUUAGCACGCCAAACGCGUUUGUCAUUCUACAUCGUUGAUUAUCAUUAUAUUUAAAGAAAAUGAUUCAGAGAAUGAUAGGAAAAGUGUAUUAUCCAGGUAUUAGUGCAAUAAUCACACGAGUUAGUGUUAGAUAUCUUUCAAUAUCGGGUUCUUCCACAGCUUCAGUUGUUGAAGACGUUAUACACAAAGGAACCAUGGAAGACGAUGUCCUCCUGAAAGAUGUUGAAGAUUGCGGUGUGAUAGUUUUAAAUCGACCUAAAGCAUUAAAUAGCUUGAGUCUGUCCAUGGUUGAAAAAAUUCAUCCUGUCUUUAAGCAAUGGGAAUCUUCAAAGAGACUGGUAAUGAUUGAAGGUGCAGGCGAUAAGGCAUUUUGUGCAGGUGGUGAUAUUAAAUCACUUAUCACAGCAUUGUAUAAACCAAAAGGAGAGACUUUUGGGCAAGAAUUCUUUAAGAAGGAAUAUACCUUGAACCAUCAUAUUAGUACAUACCAGAAACCUUAUAUAGCUUUCAUUAGUGGAAUAACAAUGGGGGGUGGUGUUGGAUUGUCCGUGCACGGCAAAUACAGAGUCGCUACCGAGAAAACGCUGUUUGCUAUGCCGGAAACAGCGAUAGGACUGUUCCCUGAUGUUGGUGGGACAUACUUUUUGCCCAGACUGAAAGGAAAAUUGGGUCUUUAUCUGGGACUAACAGGACAUAGAUUGAAAGGUGUCGACGUGCUUCUUGCUGGAAUCGCGACGCACUAUGUGCCAUCAGAGAAACUUGCGUAUUUGAAGCGCGAUUUGUUAAUGUCGCCAGACAGCAACGUCGAUGAUAUUUUGAACAAGUAUCAGCCCAAAUUGAAUCACGAAUUCAGCUUGGCACUUCACAUGUCGCAGAUAGAACAUUGCUUUUCUGCUCCAACCGUCGAGGAAAUAAUUGAGAGGCUAAAAGAAGACAAUUCAGAAUGGGCACAAAAGAACGUGGAGAUACUACUCAGAAUGUGCCCAUCCUCUCUCAAGGUAUCGAAAAAAGCAAUCGACGAAGGGAAGGGAAGAUCUUUGGCAGAAUGUUUGAAGAUCGAAUAUAGAUUAGCGUGUGCUACGCUAAAUAAAGACAGUGACUUUUACGAAGGUGUGAGAGCUCUUUUGAUCGAUAAAGAUCAGAAGCCAGUGUGGAAGCCGAGCACUUUGGCUGAUGUUACAGACGAAUAUAUAAAUAAACGGUUCGCACCGCUACCUCCCGAGAUGGAGUUAGAAUUAUGUGCGAGCAAAUUGUAAGAAAUAAUCGAGAAAAGUGCUCACAUUUCGUGGGUUGUUGCGAAACCAAGUUGCUACAUAUAUUAUUUUUGUACGCACAUUUUAUCCUCAGGAAUUUAUUAAAAAUACAAAUUGUUAAACUUGUUUACUCCA